AUGAAUGAAUUGCUUCAAAAACACGGGUGUUCUAACGUAUUCAGCGUCCCCGAAGGUCUCAGGGAAUUGAUGGCAGAUAUUACACGUGAAGUGCUGCGAGAACAGCCUCCCAAACUCUUCGACUUUAUCGCCAACUAUCUCUCAGUGUUACUCCUCACGCGUGAGCACGGGGUUAUGGCGGUUAAAGUUCUGGAUGACUUAUGUGACUGCAGACCUUCGGUAUCCGAACAUCUACUGCAGCUGGGUCUAGCUGGCGAGCAAGCGAGGGAUUUAGCUCAGAUUAUCAAGCAAGAGAUUGAACAAUUUGAGCCUGUUGCUGGCAGUGAAAAAAUUAAAGAAAUGCAGAUAAUGAAAACAAUAUUAACGCGAUCCACUUUAGACGAGGUGAUGGCGUCAAAAGUGUGUCAAGUCGCGAGAAACGCAUACAGAGAUUACUGGUAUAGAAAGAAGACACUAGAACAGUCCAUGAAAACUCAACCCGACGAACCGUGGGAGAUAGCGGCGCAACACACCCUAGAAAUAUAUAAAAAAACUAAACCAUCAUUCACAGAAAUGAACAGAGCUGCUGAAAAAAUUCAGGCGGCAUAUAGAGGAUACCAUCUUCGAAGAAACCUCCUUAAGCAUUUGAAACAGAAGAAGAAGGGUCCCAAAGUCGACUUGCCCGGCCCACCGCUGGACAUUGGCGGGUCCAGGGAAAUCGAACUUGGACCAGUGCUUAAACUCCGUGUACCAAAAGACAAUGUGCGACCAAUGUUCGGUGAGCACGCCACACAGAAGCUGGGCAUACCGUACGACCCAAUGAUGACUAUCACCCACGUGCCAGAAGACCAAGAGUCCAUAACCAGUGGAGGAAGUAGGGGCAUUGGCAGGUUUACUGACAUACCAGCCGUUAGAAGUUCAAGUAUUAUUACCAAUACUGCACCAGGCGCAGGACAGGUUUUAAUGACCGCCACAGUGGAUGUGAAGGGUCCAACUUCAGUUGUACAAUCCGUGCACAAGAUAUCCUUUGCUGAGGUGCCGCCGGAGGUGAUUCCAGAUUUUCAAUUGGAGUUUUUAAAAGAGAACGAUGUAUCUUAUGCUGCAGAACAGGAAAUACCAGAAGAUAUACCAGAUGACAAGACAGAAGGCGAUGGUGAGAGUAUACCUGCAUCAGCGCCAUCUACAGCUCGCGACUCCGCUUCUAUAACAGACGUAGAAGAUGAAGGUGACAACGCUACAGCAAUAACUGAUGAGGAAGCAGGAUAG